GGGAGUUAUUCGUCAAUUCACCCAUCCAAAAGACGGAAUGGCCUUUCUCCGCAACCCUAACCCUAGGAUUUAUAAGGCCUUCCCUUCUCCCUAAACCCAAAACCCUGACCCCAGGGACGCCUCCCUUCUUUCUCCCUCCCAAAGGAAAGAUUUACCGGACGCAUUCUCUGCUCUUUCCAAAGAAUGGCAAACCCCAAAGUAUUCUUUGAUAUACUGAUUGGAAGGGCAAAAGCCGGUCGCAUUUUGAUGGAGCUGUUUGCCGAUGUCACCCCUAAAACUGCUGAGAAUUUCCGGUGUCUCUGCACCGGAGAGAAGGGGAUCGGGAGAUCGGGCAAGCCAUUGCACUACAAGGGCUCCACCUUCCAUCGCAUCAUCCCCAACUUCAUGUGCCAGGGUGGGGACUUCACCAGGGGCAAUGGAACUGGUGGUGAAUCCAUCUAUGGCCUCAAGUUUGAGGAUGAGAACUUCAAGAAGAAGCACACCGGUCCAGGGGUGCUAUCCAUGGCCAAUGCUGGUCCCAACACGAAUGGAUCCCAGUUCUUCAUCUGCACCGAAAAGACUGCAUGGCUCGAUGGGAAGCAUGUGGUGUUUGGGAAGGUUAUCGAUGGCUACAGCGUGGUGCAGGCAAUGGAGAAGGUGGGUUCUGAAGGUGGGAGGACUUCUUCGCCGGUGGUGAUCGAAGAUUGCGGACAGAUCACAGAAAACUGAUUUGUCUUUGUAAAGACUGUUAUGUUGUGUGGGGUUACUGAAUUAUGUAAUAUGAUUUGGCCUGUAGCUUGGCAUCUUAUUGUUUUUGAUUAAGGUAUCUCGAGAGUGAUUUGAAGACGCUCGGAAGUUUGAGGAGCCAAUAUUUUGAACACAACAACUAGAUUGUUAUAAAAAAAUAUUUUGAAUUUUCUCA